AUGGCAUCUAGAAAAUUGCCAAAUAUUCUCAUCACAGGUACUCCAGGUACUGGCAAAUCUACGCUGGCCUUGAGUCUCCUGGAAUCACUCAACUCGCAGUCCGAUAACAAAUUUAGCCAUAUUUGCGUAGGCGACUUGGUCAAGCACAAGGAUCUUCAUAUCGGUUAUAAUCAACAAUUCCAAUGCUACGACGUUGACGAUGACAAAAUCCUUGACGAGCUCGAACCCCUUUUAGACCUCGGUGGUUGCAUCCUAGACUGGCAUUGUUCUGAGAUAUUCCCAGAAUCUUCUCUCGAUUUGAUCAUUGUAUUGCGAUGCGAUCAUCAGAUUUUGUUCAAGAGACUUGAAGAUCGGAAUUACACCCCAGAGAAAAUCAACGAAAAUAACGACGCUGAAAUAUUCGGUGAAUGUCUUCAUGAAGCUCUUGAAGCCUUCCCCAACCCCGGCCAAGUCGUUGAGCUUGACAGUGAAAAUCUCGACAACUUAGAAAGCAAUACUGAUAGAUUUAUUACAUGGCUUCAAUCGUGGAAGUCUGAUAACUUGUAA